AUGACAGGCUCCAGGGAUCUUGCCACACCGCGAGCACCGCCUAGUGCGCACCGCAGAGCGCAAAACCGGGUAGCCGGCAGGACGUGUGUGCCGGUGAGUGGAGAGGCGGAGCCUGCGGGUCCCCUCCCCGAGCACCCACCGCUCCCCCCGGUCCCACCCAUCCCCGGGAAUCGAAAGCGAAAGACGAGGAGGAAGGAGGAGCCGCCCACGUCCCGCCCCGCUCCGCCUAACGCGCGCGCAGGUUUUGGAGCCGCAGAGCGCACGGCAUGGACGCCGCUGGGGAAGCUGGAGAAAAGCAUCCGGCGCCUGCGGGAGACUUUUCAUGGGAAGGUCUCCCCCACAUAUGCAGAUGUCCUGAUGAGGAAUUUCGACACCGACCACAUCAACGUGGGGCGCACAAUCGUGCAUGAGGUCAAGCAGAUGGAUGACCAGAAUCUGGGUAAUAACCUCAACACCCAGGAGCCCCCAGAGAAUAUGAGAGAGAAUCCUGAGAUUCAGGCUGUUGCUGAGGCCCUCAUGCCGCUCACCGUGGCCAAUGUGGCAAUGUUCCAGAGGGCCCAGGAAGGGGUCAUCGAUUCCGAAGACAAACAGUUCGCCUGCCAAGACUGCGACAAUGUGUGGUGGCGCCGGGUGGCAACUCGGAAGAAGGUUUCCCGGUGCAGGAGAUGCCACAGAAAAUAUGAUCCCGUCCCUGAGGAUAAGAUGUGGGGUGUGGCCGAGUUCCUGUGUCCUAAUUGCCAUCAUAGCUUCAAAGGAUGGGCCCAGAUGGGGAACGCUUCUUCUUGCUAUCGGUGUGGUUUCCCUGUGUAUCCUACGCGGAUCCUUCCUCCUCGACGGGGCCAAGACAGGGAGCAACGCAAUAGGAAUAGGCAAGAGCCCCGCGUGCCAGGCAUAUAUUGGCCGAACCCCCAGAACCGGCGUCCCAAGGUUCUGUACCCCAGCGAACUCCACAUCAGCAGCGGAUCCACCGUGGCCACUUGUGUGAGCCAGGGAAGCCUCAUAGAAGACCUAGAUAAUCUCAUCCUGGAGGACCUCAUGGAGGAGGAGGAGGAGGAGGAGGAGGAGGAGGGAGAGGAAGGAGGGCAGGGGGAGUAA